ACGCAGUCGCAGCUACAAGCGACUGUUUCUCAAACUCUUUAUCUUAUUUAACCUUAGCCAUUAACACUCGGUUAUCUGCAAAAACAAAACCAUUAUCGGAAACUCAGGCAUGGGCAACAUGGCCUGCAUUUCUUUCCUCUCUAUCCUCCUCCUCCUAGCCUUCUCUUUCUCCGUCACCGCCAAACAAACUUAUAUAGUCCACAUGAAACAUAACGCCAAGCCUGAAUCCUUCGCCACCCACCAUGAUUGGUACAGUGCUAGUCUCCAAUCCAUCACCUCCGCCUCUGAUUCUCUCCUCUACACCUACACCACUGCAUUUCCUGGCUUUGCUGCCUCCCUUGACCCUGAAGAAGUUGAUUCUCUAAGAAACUCUGAUGCUGUCUUGGAUGUCUAUGAAGACACCAUUUACUCUCUCCAUACCACUCGCACGCCUCAAUUUCUUGGUCUCAGCACUGACUUGGGCUUCUUCAAUGGACAUACCACUUUAGAUAUUGAUCAAGCCUCUCAUGAUGUUGUUAUCGGUGUGCUUGACACUGGGGUAACGCCCGGGUCGAAGAGUUUCGAUGACUCGGGCAUGCCCGAGAUCCCAACUCGGUGGAAAGGCGAGUGUGAAUCUGCGCAAGAUUUCAGUCCUACACUCUGCAACAAGAAGUUGAUUGGAGCUCGUUAUUUUUCCAAGGGUUACCGUAUGGCAUCUGGUGGCGGUUACUUAAGGAAGCCUAAAGAGAUCGAGUCUCCUCGUGAUCAAGAUGGACAUGGAACUCACACGGCCAGCACUGCCGCCGGUUCGCAGGUGGCUAACGCCAGUUUGUUAGGUUACGCCAGUGGAACUGCUAGAGGGAUGGCUCCACACUCGCGCGUAGCCGCUUAUAAGGUGUGUUGGAAUACUGGUUGUUUUGGAUCGGACAUACUCGCAGGCAUGGAUCGGGCCAUUGCAGACGGUGUAGACGUGCUCUCGCUCUCUCUCGGUGGUGGAUCCGCACCGUAUUAUCGGGACACUGUUGCCAUUGGUGCUUAUUCUGCAAUGGAGAGGGGCAUUUUUGUCUCUUGCUCUGCCGGCAACAGCGGACCUAACAGAGCCACUUUGGCCAAUGUGGCUCCCUGGAUAAUGACAGUUGGUGCCGGAACUUUGGACCGGGAUUUUCCAGCUUACGCAGUGUUGGGGGACAAAAGCCGGUUCAGCGGUGUCUCGCUGUAUAGUGGAACAGGAAUGGGGAAUAAACUGGUUGGUUUAGUUUACAACAAGAGAAACAUUUCAAGCAAUUUAUGCUUGCCCGGUUCGCUCGAACCGACUAUGGUUCGUGGGAAAGUGGUGGUAUGCGAUAGAGGAAUAAACGCUCGUGUAGAAAAAGGUGCUGUCGUACGCGACGCAGGUGGAAUUGGUAUGAUAUUAGCUAACACAGCCGCGAGCGGCGAAGAGUUGGUGGCAGACAGUCACUUGUUACCAGCUGUUGCGGUUGGGCGUAAAGCGGGUGAUAAAAUUAGGGAAUAUGUAAGUAACCAUCCAAAUCCAACUGCACUAUUGAGUUUCGGCGGAACCGUGUUGAACGUAAGACCGUCACCGGUGGUCGCAGCGUUCAGCUCUAGAGGUCCUAAUAUGGUGACACCGCAAAUCUUGAAGCCGGAUCUGAUUGGUCCUGGAGUCAACAUUUUGGCUGCCUGGUCAGACUCUGUAGGACCUACUGGACUGGAGAAGGAUACGAGAAAAACACAGUUCAACAUCAUGUCAGGAACAUCUAUGUCUUGCCCACACAUCAGCGGAGUAGCUGCAUUGCUCAAGGCAGCCCACCCAAGCUGGAGCCCAAGCGCAAUCAAGUCAGCCCUAAUGACCACCGCCUACGUCGUAGACAACACCAACUCCCCUCUGCGAGAUGCCGGAAGUGAUGUUGCCGGUGCCUUCUCGAAUCCAUGGGCUCAUGGAUCCGGCCACGUUGACCCACAUAAAGCUCUCACUCCGGGCCUCGUAUAUGACAUAUCAACUCAAGAGUAUGAAGCAUUCUUGUGCUCGCUUGGUUACACCAUCGAUCAUGUUCAAGCCAUUGUUAAGCGGCCUAACGUUACCUGUUCCAAGAAAUUUAGAGAUCCCGGCGAGCUCAAUUACCCAUCCUUCUCUGUAGUUUUCGCUAGUAAAAGAGUUGUAAGGUAUACAAGAGAAUUGACAAAUGUAGGGGAGGCAGGGUCUAUAUAUGAAGUGGCCGUUAAUGGGCCGUCCACGGUGGGAGUGACGGUGAAGCCCACCAAACUUGUUUUCAAAAAUGUAGGAGAUAAGCUUAGGUACACAGUGACUUUUGUGGCAAAGAAAGGCGCAAAUCAGGAUGCUAGAAGUGAGUUUGGUUCAAUAGUUUGGAGAAAUGCUCAACAUCAAGUUAGAAGCCCAAUUGCCUUUACUUGGACGCACUUGUUGUGAGCUGUUCAAAAUGGGCUUUCUCAUGUUGGGCCUUUGCCCUAAGGUUUGAAAAGGAGCAAAAGGCUUUGAUCCAUAGAGUUUUGUGCACGUGCAAAGGUGUUUGGGUAUGGCGUUUUGCCUUUAGAAAUAGGCAGCCAAAAGUGAGAUAUUAAAAAAUUAUUGUGUGCUUGCCAAAGCUAAUGCAAUAGGGUAGCACGCAAUUCAUUAGUGGAAAAUGGUGUUUUAAGCAUAAUAUCAUGCAAGUUUGGAUUGUGAUAUACAACCAUUGAAUCAUCCUCCAGAUCCAAUAUAGUAAUUUAAUUUUUUUACCGUUUUAUAUUAUAAA